AUGGAUCAUGACGACGUCCCCAAGGUGAGGCGCGGAGACGGCGCAUCUGUGGCAAGUGGUCCAGCAGCUCUAUACCGCCUGAACUCAAAUCAGAGCAGUUCCAGCGUAUUCGAAGAUGUUGAAAUGGCACAUGACGAGCUUUAUUCUGGCCCAGUAGCCGAGAGCUUACCCAGCAGUGUUUCCGCGUUUUCACACCGACGAGCACGUGCCGGUUCAACCGCAAGCUUCACAUAUUACGAGGAGCCCGAUCUGCCGGAAGAGAGUGAAGAGCCCGAAGCCUUUGCCGACCUCAGCGAAAGUUUCGUCAGGCGGAGCAUUAGUGAUCUCGGCGACCUCGAGUUUGGCAUUGAGGACGAGGAGGACUCAGCAGACCGCGAAUACCUGGCAACACACGAUGAUUACAUGCUCAGACGCUGCUCCUCGACACAGUCACGCGACUCUGUCCAUGCACGCCUUCUUCGAAGAGACAGUACGGCCACUGCGGCGAGUGCCCGACCCGAUGGCAGGAGUAGUCAAAAGGUGUACAUGGCGAAUGAGGACUUGACUAUCGUUGUGGCCGGGUUUCAGACUAGUACCGCUGGUCUCUUGAUCUAUAUAAUUAUAUGUCUUCUCACCGGCGGAACGGCAUUUCUUCUGCUCCGCUGGUUGCCACGAUGGUAUAUUGCCCUCGUUGGGCGAUCUUGUCCACUAAGGAAAUGUGACUGGGUUGUUAUCGAAAACCAAUGGGGGGAACUGGUUGUUAUCCACGUUACGGCUAAAGAGUAUGGCAGGCCAGUUUCGUCCGUAUUUGGCAUACCCGAGAAGCCAUUUUUGUAUGAGCUGGAUGACGACAGUGACCCGCCCAUAGACAAUCUUCGUUCGCUGGACUAUCGAUAUGUGCGACUUUACUUUCAUCCGAUCAAGGACAGGUUUGUCAUGUCCACAGGCUGGAAAGACCCGGAAUGGACAGAUGCACGUCUUGUUCGAUCUGGGUUGGACAGUGAUGAUAAAUCUACUCGCGAAGUCAUAUUUGGUGCCAACUUGAUAGACAUCGAACAGAAAUCUACCAGCCAGCUGCUUGUAGACGAGGUUCUUCAUCCAUUCUAUAUAUUUCAAAUUGCGAGCUUGAUUCUGUGGUCCAUGGAUUCGUAUUACUACUAUGCCGCAUGUAUCUUCAUUAUGUCCGUGGCGAGCAUUUCCGCGACAUUACUCGAGACACGAGCUACAAUGUUGCGACUUCGGGAAAUAUCGCGGUUCGAAUGCGAUGUUCGAGUUCUUCGAAAUGGGUUUUGGAAAUAUGUCUCAUCCAGUGACCUUGUCCCCGGGGACAUUUAUGAACUGAGCGACCCGAACCUGACACAGCUCCCAAGUGACAGCCUCUUACUCACCGGUGAUUGUAUCGUCAACGAGAGCAUGCUCACAGGUGAGUCUGUCCCGGUUUCUAAAAUCCCUGCCACGGACGACACUUUGCGCACCAUGGACCUCGCCGCCUCUUCCGUAUCCCCUGAGAUUGCUCGGCACUUCCUGUACUGCGGUACCAAAAUUAUUCGGACUAGGCGACCGCAGGAAGACCAAGAUGGAGAUGCCGUAGCUCUAGCUCUUGUUGUGAGAACCGGCUUCAACACAACCAAGGGGGCUCUGGUUCGAUCAAUGCUCUUUCCAAAGCCUUCAGGCUUCAAAUUUUACCGAGACUCGUUCAGAUACAUCAGUGUCAUGGCUAUCAUUGCCAUGCUGGGGUUUAUCGGGUCAUUCGUCAAUUUUUUGAGGCUUGAACUUGCAUGGCAUUUCAUCAUUGUUCGUGCGCUGGAUUUAAUCACGAUAGUGGUACCGCCUGCUCUUCCGGCAACGUUGACGAUCGGCACAAAUUUCGCGCUCUCGCGGCUGAAAUCCAAACAAAUCUUUUGCAUUAGUCCUCAAAGAGUCAAUGUGGGAGGUAAAAUAGAUAUAAUGUGCUUUGAUAAAACUGGUACGUUGACAGAGGACGGUCUCGACGUGCUCGGCCUUCGUGUCAGCUUGGGAGACAUGAACAAAUUUGGUGAGCUCAUAUCUAGGGCUCCUUUACUUGGAAAUAGGGGCGACGUGUUGAGGAAUAAGUCCACUGUUCAAGCCGCGCUUUACACCAUGGCAACUUGCCACUCUCUCAGAUCAGUUGAUGGAGAGCUCGUUGGCGAUCCCCUGGAUCAAAAAAUGUUUGAAUUUACUGGCUGGUCGUUUGAGGAGGGAAGUCAAAGGUCUGCGGAAGUCGAUGAUGAUGAGCAAAGUGGAUUGACGCCGUCCGUUGCACGUCCACCUGACAAAUCUAUCGAGCUGGGAGUAUUGAAAUCGUUUGAGUUCGUCUCCCAGCUUCGGCGAGCGAGCGUUAUCACACGACAUUUUGGCCAGAAAAGCGGAGAUAUUUUUGUCAAAGGGGCCCCGGAGGCGAUGAAGGAAAUAUGUCGCCCGGAAAGCUUUCCUCAUGAAUAUGAUGAGUUGCUCUCGUACUAUACACACAAGGGCUAUCGAGUGAUUGGUUGUGCUACUAGACACCUUCCACGACUCAGUUGGGUCAAGGCACAAAAAAUGACUCGAUCUGAGGUUGAGAGCAAUCUUGAGUUUGUGGGAUUCAUUAUAUUCGAGAACAAAUUGAAGCCUGAAACGGCGGGAGUUUUGAAAGAACUCCUGAGCUCAAAUAUCGGCGCAGUCAUGGUAACCGGCGACAAUAUACUGACAGCCAUCAGCGUCGCUCGCGAGUCUGGAAUGCUCGAUCCACAAGCGCAUUGUUUUGUACCACGAUUUGUGCGAGGAGAUGCGCGGGACCCUAUGGCCGAGCUGCAAUGGGAGAGCAUCGACAAUAGUCGCUUUUGCCUUGACAAGGCAACCUUGCUGCCGCUUCCUGCGCCUCCUGAGGAAGAUGUUUCUUUAGCAUAUGAUGUCUCCAACUUGCGUAACUAUUCAUUAGCAGUGAGCGGGGAGGCUUUCCGUUGGAUCGUGGAUUACUCGCCCCCGGAAGUUUUACAACGCAUGCUGAUCCAAGGGAGAGUAUUCGCCAGGAUGUCUCCGGAUGAAAAGCACGAACUGGUGGAAAAACUUCAGAGUAUUGACUAUUGCUGUGGCUUCUGUGGCGACGGGGCCAAUGAUUGUGGCGCCUUGAAAGCUGCUGAUGUAGGCAUAUCCCUGUCUGAAGCAGAAGCUUCCGUUGCUGCUCCUUUCACUUCUCGCGUAUUUGAUAUUCGUUGUGUUGUUGAGGUUAUCAGAGAAGGAAGAGCAGCGCUUGUGACCAGCUUCAGCUGCUUCAAAUACAUGAGCUUGUAUUCCGCCAUACAGUUCACUUCCGUCAGCUUUCUCUAUGCCAAGGCAUCCAAUUUGGGCGACUUUCAAUUUCUGUUCAUUGAUUUGCUACUGAUUCUGCCCAUCGCUAUAUUCAUGGGCUGGACCGGACCAUCCCCUACACUCUGUAGAAAGCGGCCGACGGCAGAUCUAGUGUCUCGUAAAGUUUUAACGCCGCUGCUGGGUCUCAUGGCCAUAUGCGUGUUUUUCCAAGGAGCUGCUUUUCUAACUGUGAGAGAGCAGCCGUGGUACAAAGCACCCAAAAUUGGGCAUGAUGAACCGAAUAUUAAAAACUCUGAGAACACAGCCCUCUUCUUGUCGUCUUGCUUCGAGUAUAUCCUGUCGGGGGUUAUCUUAAAUGCUGGACCGCCUUUUAGGCAGAGCAGCGCCAAGAACUGGCCGUUCGCUCUUACCGUAACUGCAGCAUUGAUUAUCACCCUGUACAUGAUUAUUGGCCCUGCUCAUUGGAUGAAGAAAUUAAUGGAACUAAGUCAUAUGGACUGGGAUUACAAACUAUUUCUCAUAAUAUUGGGGCUAGCCUACUUUGCUUUUGCUUGGUUCUUUGAGAAAUAUGUGUCUGGAAGAUUAGCAAGAGCAAUUGGUAAUCUGAGGCAGGGAAUCACAGGAAGGACCAAAAAUCGCAAGAGGUAUAAAGUAAUUCGGGAGGGGAUGUGGAAGUACUGA